GUCGUGCGGAUUAUACGAGUACCAGCCAGCCAGACAGCGAAGAGAUCAUCAGACAGACUUGGCGAUUGAGACCACACAUCACAGGUAGCCUGCGGAAGAAAGUAAAAGUUUUCGGAAGUUCUUUGGAUUUGUUCGUGGAUUCGUAUUUAAGUUUCGGAAGUGCUUAUAGGCAAAUAUACAAGAAAAGAUGGGUAGCAAGGUGCGGUUCUAUUGCAAGUUCUUGUUGGCGGGUAUUUUGGCCACAUUGGUGAUAGUUGCAGUGGAAGCAGCUGAAGAAGAACGUUUUUUGACAGACCCACAUUACAUCAAACAAUGUCGUGUUACUGACAAAGAUUUUCUUAAUUGUUCAACACAAAGUAUACAACAACUUUUUGACAAAUUGGGUACAGGUAUCCCAGGAUUAGACACCAUCAAAAGUUUUGAUCCCUUCUACUUAAAUAGGAUCAAAAUCAACCAGGGCAACAGUCAAGCAAUAAAUCUCAAAGUUGAACUAUCAAACAUCAAAAUCUUGGGAUUCGGAAAGACUCACGUUUUAGAGAGCAUAGUCUAUCCAAAGGAUUUUAGUUGGAAAACAACAUUUAUGCUGCCAGUUAUGAAACUCAUUGGCGAUUAUAGUCUUUUUGGAAGAAUUCUACUAAUUCCAUUAAAUGGAAAAGGAAAGGUCCUUCUUGAUGCACAAAAUAUGACAGUUAUAAUGAGUUCAAAAACUCAUCUCUAUGAAAAAGGUGGAUAUACUUUCUAUAAUGUAACAAACGUGAGAGUCGACUUCCACUUAGAUGGCUUAAAGUCACAUUUUUCAAAUUUAUUCAAUGGAAAUAAGGUUUUAGAGGACAGUACUAACAAAUUUUUCAAUGACAACUGGAAGAUGUUAGCCGAUGCAUUGUACACCGUCAUCACUCAAACCAUUGAAGACAUUUUACUUGAUGUUUUGAAAAAGAUAUUCCAUUACAUCCCAGCGAACUUCUUUGUCGCUGAUAUUCCUACACCAGCAGAAUUAUAUGGUGGACAGAAAAAGGGUUAAAGAAGACAACAUU